AUUUCAGACAAAAUCAUUAUACUUUUGACUCAACUAAUUUAUAAUUUCUUUGUUUUUGUUUCUGCUAUUCUGUACUAUAAUUAACAUAUUAUGAGUGAUUUGUGAACGGUUGAUAUUUGAGAAGCAAAGAACCACUCCUUUUAGCACUUGCUGCCACAUUAACAUUAAAUCAUUAAUAUUACAAUUUUAAUUAGGAAAACGUCAAAUCUCCAUUUUCAAACUUUCUUAUAGAAAAAUUAUACACACAUCACACAUGUAUACAUAAUUAAAAUUGAUGAUAAUUUGUGGUCAUCAUGUAUUAGUAGUAUUAAGUAGGCCAACACAAUUUUUUUCCUUUUGUUGGUGUUCUUGCUUUCCAACUCACAUCCAUAUUUUCUCCCUUACACAACAAAUCAUCAUCGAAGUUUGGAGCGCAACCGGAAAGUCACUCAUCUUAGUACUGCUCUCAGUCAAACACGUUUAACUGCGAAGUUUGAACUUAAGGGUUAGGAAGCAUAUUAUAGCAACUUUGAAGUUUGUUGUUUCAGAAACCAUAACUACAAGCAGAAUAUACAUCACAAAGUUCCACAGCAGAGAGUACUCAUCAGCUUGAGCAACAACUAUUUAGUUAUGAAUCUUCUGAAGAAAUCUCCAUCAUCAUCUUCAUCAACAUCAUCAUCAACAACAACAACAACGAGACCAUCGUUUCCGAGGGAUCCGCGCGGAUCCCUCGAAGUAUUCAAUCCAACAAGCAACUCAAACUCACCAGUACGUUCUCCGUCCAACCUCAAAACUUGGACAGAAACCGAAGAACCACCAAUAAGCGAAUUCUCCGAUGAAGUCACCAUCACCAAUACUUCAUGGAUGGCAAUCAAGGAAGAAGAAAGUACCGGCAACGCCGCGCAGAGAGCAGCAGAGUGGGGGUUGGUACUAACAACAGAUGCUGAGACUGGGAAACCACAAGGAGUGGCAGUUCGAAACUCCGGCGAUGAUGAACCUGGUGGAAAAUUUGCUUCUAAAAGAAACUCCGGUAGAGCUUCCGGUGACUCUUCCGACGGUGGUGAUGCACGUGGCGGGAUACCGAGAGUUUCGGAGGAUUUGAAAGAUGCUUUAUCGGCUUUUCAACAAACUUUUGUGGUUUCGGAUGCUACCAAACCCGAUUACCCGAUUAUGUAUGCAAGUGCGGGUUUUUUCAAAAUGACGGGUUAUACUUCAAAAGAAGUCAUAGGAAGAAACUGUCGGUUUUUACAGGGUGCAGAUACAGAUCCGAAUGACGUGGCAAAAAUAAGGGAAGCAUUGGAAACUGGGAAAAGCUAUUGUGGAAGGUUACUAAAUUACAAGAAGGAUGGAACUGCCUUUUGGAACCUUCUUACUAUUUCACCCAUCAAGGACAAUGAUGGCAAUGUGCUCAAGUUAAUUGGAAUGUUGGUGGAGGUAAACAAACAUACAGAGGGGUCCAAAGAGAAGAAGCUACGUCCAAAUGGGUUGCCUGAAUCUUUGAUUCGAUAUGAUGCUCGCCAGAAAGAGAAAGCUACAUCUUCUGUAUCUGAGUUACUACAAGCCAUGAAACGUCCUCGUGCAUUAAGUGAAUCCGGACACCGUCCUUUUAUCAGAAAAUCAGGAGGAGGUUCUGAAGAAGACGAAGAAGUAGAUAAAGCAGAACACAAAUCAAGGAGAAAUUCUGAUAGUGUAGCUUCUUUUAGACUAAAAUCACAAAGAAAAAGUAGAAGUUCAAUGGAACGAAUCAGUGAGCUACCUGAAAAUCAACACAAAAACUCUCAUCACCGUUCUUUCAUGAGGUUCACGAGGAAAAGUCAGUCCAUCGAUGCAAACAUCGAUAGUAAAGAAAUUGUAUAUGAAAGCUCUGAGAGUGACGAUGAUGAGAGGUCUGAUAGUUUUGAAUUUGAUGACAAAGAAAAGCUGAGGGAAAAGCGAAAAGGUCUUGAUCUUGCUACUACACUUGAGCGUAUUGAGAAAAACUUUGUCAUUACCGAUCCAAGGCUUCCCGACAAUCCCAUAAUCUUUGCAUCUGAUAGCUUCUUAGAACUUACGGAAUAUAGUCGUGAAGAAAUCUUGGGAAGAAAUUGCAGGUUUCUGCAAGGACCAGAAACUGAUCCAGCAACUGUGAAAAAAAUUAGAGAAGCAAUUGACAACCAAACAGAAGUUACUGUGCAACUGAUCAAUUACACAAGGACUGGGAAAAAAUUCUGGAACUUGUUUCAUUUGCAACCUAUGCGUGAUCAUAAGGGAGAAGUGCAAUAUUUUAUUGGUGUUCAACUUGAUGGUAGUCAACAUGUAGAGCCUCUUCAUAACUGCAUUAAAGAAGAUACUGCAAAGGAGGGAGAAGAAUUGGUAAAAAAAACUGCAGAAAAUGUUGGUGAGGCAGUGAGAGAACUUCCAGAUGCUAAUCAGAAACCAGAUGAUUUAUGGAUGAAUCAUUCCAAAGUGGUUCACCCUAAACCUCAUAGGAAGGACGAUGUUCCUUGGAAAGCAAUCCAAAAGAUUACAGAAAGUGGCGAACAGAUAAGCCUAAAGCACUUUAGGCCGAUUAAACCUUUGGGAUCUGGAGACACCGGAAGCGUGCAUCUGGUGGAGCUUGAGGGAACUGGUCAGUACUUUGCCAUGAAGGCUAUGGAUAAGGGUGUUAUGCUCAAUCGCAAUAAGGUGCAUAGAGCUUGCACUGAGAGAGAAAUUCUUGACAUGUUGGACCACCCUUUUCUACCUGCAUUAUAUGCUUCCUUUCAGACGAAAACACAUGUUUGUUUGAUAACCGAUUACUAUCCUGGUGGAGAACUAUUCCUGCUUCUUGACCAACAACCAACAAAGGUUCUCAAGGAAGAUGCUGUCAGAUUUUAUGCUGCUGAGGUACUAAUUGCAUUGGAGUACCUUCAUUGUCAAGGCAUAAUUUAUCGGGAUUUGAAGCCAGAAAACGUGUUGAUCCAAAGCAACGGGCAUGUGUCUCUAACAGAUUUUGAUUUGUCAUGUUUAACAUCUUGCAAGCCACAGCUUAUUCUUCCAACUACAGAGGAAAAGAAGAAGAGGAAGAAAAAGAAGAAGAAUGGACAACAAAAAAGUCCACAGGUUCCUAUGUUUAUGGCCGAACCAAUGAGAGCGUCUAAUUCUUUUGUUGGCACGGAAGAGUACAUAGCUCCGGAAAUUAUAACUGGUUCAGGUCAUACUAGUGCUGUAGAUUGGUGGGCUCUAGGUAUUCUUCUAUAUGAAAUGCUUUAUGGAUAUACACCAUUUAGAGGAAAGACAAGACAAAAGACAUUUGCAAAUAUUCUUCAUAAAGAUCUUAAAUUUCCCAAAAGCAAACCGGUAAGUCCCCAGGCAAGGCAACUAAUUUACCAGUUGUUGCAUAGAGAUCCCAAAAAUAGAUUGGGUUCACUUGAAGGAGCAAAUGAAAUUAAGAGUCAUCUAUUCUUCAAGAAUGUCAAUUGGGCUCUAAUUCGUUGCAUGAAACCUCCUGAGCUUGAUGCUCCUAUCUUACUGGAAAAUGAUGAAAAUAGAGAAGCCAGAAAUAUUGACCCCGGCCUAGAUGAUUUACAAAAAAAUAUUUUCUGAAAGGGUUAAAGUAUGAAAGAAUGGCAUUCAAGAAACACAUGAAGAGUGUUUGCGAUUUUGGAAUGUAGGGUAUCAUUGUGUAAAAUUUGAUCAUGGUCAAUGUAAUUUAUGAAAUGGAGAUACAAUCUUUUUGUAGUUUAUGACCAUAGUGCACUUAGUAGUCUAGUGUAGAAGUUUUUGUACAUUUUUAGAAAUAAUAUUAAGUCAAUUAAAAUAUAAAAGAAUAAAUAUGCAUUGUUGCAUUCUUUUCUUUUUUACAUAACAAAAA